GGGAGUUCGGAGCUCUGAUAUUCCCUUCACUUUCGGAGACCCAGACACAGAGCAACUCCCCAGCGGGUAUCCUAACAGAGCUCCAACUUUGACUUAAGCCAACUGACUGGGGCUCCAGGUAUCAGCACCGUGGACAGCAACGCCCAGCGGCUCCCACACGUCGCUCAGCCGGGAGAGUGCACAGAACUCGUGCAUCCAUCAGCUCCCCUCCCGGUCAGGAUAUGCUGCUCUCCUGUCAGCGCUCCCCGCUGGGUCGCAAUGGGCUUUAGUUAGUCUCUUGCAUAAUAAGAACAACAGAGAAAUGCCCUUGACAGCAGUCUACACGGAGGUGUAUUCAGAAUGACGGCUGCACAGCAGUCUGAGCGAGCAGGAGAAGACUCGGUGGCGAAACUUACACAAGACUGAACCUUCGCAUGUUUAACAAGAGUGAAAACGUCUUUGCCACAACAUAAGACUUGAAGACUUCUUCACACUACCAUGGGGAUAAGGCAUCUUUUGUUGCUGCUAAUAUACCUGGACCCGCUGAGCGUGCUGAGCGCGGCUACAGGCGGUAAAAAAGCCAAGCAGCCGCCCAGGAAGGGUCCCAAAGCCACUGCAGUCCCCACGGUCGUCCCGCCACAGAAGACCCCGCAGCCGGCGCCCGCCAGCACCCACGACACCUGCUUGGGCUACUACGACGUGAGCGGGCAGUACGACAAACUGUUCGAGUGCAACAACACGGACCACCGGUACUGCUGCGGCACGUGCUACCUGCGCUUCUGCUGCGAGUACAAGAAAGACCGGCUGGACCAGAAAGCCUGCAAGAACUACCACACGCCGGUGUGGGUGCUGACGGCCGCCCCGUCCCCUGUUCCGACCGGUGAAACAUAUGAUCCAAGCAUGGACCAGACUAACACAGCGGUCUAUAUCACCUGUGGGAUCAUAGCCUUCAUCAUAGUAUUAGGAGUGUCGGCCAAAGUUGCGUAUGACAAAGCUACAGAGCCGCCUCAGGAAAUGAAUAUCCAUAGGGCCCUUGCAGACAUCCUGAGGCAGCAGGGGCCCAUCCCUAUAUCGCAAUAUGACUGUGAGAAUUUUGCAGCGAUGAACGGUUCACCCAAAGACAACACGCCAGUCAGAACCUCAUCGAAGAACCACUACACCCCAGUUCACACCUCCAAAUCCAACCACGGUAUCCACUAUGGGAAGGAGAGUGUCCGGAGCAGCGGAGGCGCUGACCUUCACAACUUCAUCUCCUCUGGCUUUGUGACCUUGGGUCGAGGCCAUCAAAAAGGAGAAAAACACUGGCCGGUCCGCUCCCAGAGUCACCAUGGUACCCAUCAGCACAACUAUAACCAUGUGCCUCUAGGUAGCCCUACACGCACACCUAAGAAUGCUCACCGAUCAUUGAGACGUGAGAACAAUCGGAUAAGCGGCAUCCUGACCUCGCAGACGGAGCCCUACGACCUGUCUUUCUCACGCUCCUUCCAGAGCCUGUCACACCUGCCGCCCUCCUACGAGGCGGCUGUCAAACCAGACCUCGACCGGUUCUCGUCCUUGAAGAAACUCACAGAUAAAGAAGUCGAAGACUACUACACUCAUAAGCGCCACCUGCCUGACCUUGCAGCAAGAGGCACUCUUCCCUUGCAUGUUCUGAAAAUCACUCAAGAACAGCAGCACAGGGAACAGCAGCAGCAGCUCCAGAGCCAGCCCCCACAGUCGUCCAUUUCCCAGGCCCCUCCUCAGUCACAGUCUUCACAGCAGCAGGCCCAGCAGAGGCAGAGGCCCCGUCGUGUCCAGAGGGCCAUGUCUCAGGACCGCGUCCUGUCCCCACAGAGGGCCCCACAGCAGGAUUACAGCAUGCCUUCUAAUGGUAUGUCCCCGUAUGGAGGCAGGAUCCUGUCAGAUGAACAGCUUCUGUCCGCUGAACGUCUUCGGUCCCAGGAGCGCCUCCUCCCACAUGACCGCUACACCUCCCAAGAUCGCUUGUACUCCAAGGACCGCAUGUAUGCUCAGGACCGACACCUGUCACAGGAUCACCUCUACCCAAAAGACCGCCACUACUCUCAAGACCGACUGUAUUCACAAGAACGCCUGUACUCACAAGAUCGCCUCCUAUCCCAGGAUCCUCUGCUCUCACCAGACAAGCUAAUGAUGUCUCUGAAGCGCGGCAUGGUCAGCAGCAUCUCUGGUGGGUUUUAUGGCAGUGACAGAUCAAUGUCACGUGCCAUCUCACACACAGACGUGUUCAUACCAACCACGCCUCUUAUGGAUCGCUACAAGAUGACCAAAAUGCACUCCCAUCCCAGUGCCUCUAACAAUGGUGGUGGCGGAAGCAGCGGAGCACAGGGGGCAGGAGGCACUGGACUCUCCAGCACUUUAGUCAUGAAUCAGACAGCAUCUAAGAGGCAGGCGUUUGCCUCGAGGCGGACUCACACUGUGGAACAGCUCCACUACAUCCCACAGCACCACCAGCAGCCACAACAGCCACAGCACUACCGCACAGGCAGCAAGACUGAGGUGACGGUGUAACAGUAGCAAGGAACUACCUAAACGGCACAGGAAGAAGCACUGUGCCAAGGAGUGGAGUUGACUUGGGUACGUGGAUACACUGGCCUUGUUUGAGAGUGGUGGUUAGUGAUGAUUUCACUUUCUUUGACUGAGGUUUCUGCAAAGUCAGAGAUUCCAGGACCAAUAGCAUUCACUAGUCUACUGUGAGAGACCGGAACAAUGAGCUACACUGUACACUACAUACACAGACUCAGCUAGAGCUGAAGCCAGACAGGGUUAGGGAUGGGGGAGAUGUGGUGAUAUCCAGCUAACUUGCCUACUAUUAUUUCCACUAUCUUGCGUACCCUUUUCAGCCACAAGCCUAAUUCUGUACAUGUUUUAGUGAGAGAACACUGAUCGUGUCUGUGUAAGCCUGUAUCAGCCCCCUUUGUCCAGCAAAUGUAUUCUCUGACCUUUUCUGGCAAAUCUUAAAGGGCUUUGCAUGGUUAAACACAAGGACCGAUUUUCCUAUGACUUCUGUUGUGCAACACAACACAACCACAGGUGAUGAACUAGGAUGAGCUUGUAAUAACUUUAUAAAUAUAUAAAUAAAUCAAUAAAAAACAACCAUUUGUAUGCCCUGCCCUACUCUAGCUCUAGAGGAUCUCAAAGAGAGAAAUUGAAAUGGAUGUUAUUAGCACUUCUAUUUGGUGCCUCUGACAGAUGUUCCAUUUCCAAAAAUGAAGUGGUUUUGUGGGUUACAAAGCACAAUUGAUAAAAACAUCUCCUCUGGGUUUUUUUUAAAUUUACUUUGAAUAGUGAUGGCUAGCUUUUUUGUUCUUAAAGCAAGGGUCUUUUUUUGCUUCCAGUAGAUGAUUGUAAAUAAGCUAUUUUAGAAGCAGUAUUAUGGACAACUCUGUACUGGAUGGACUUUGUAUUAGACUGUCUGUUUUCAAAAGACUCUUAAAAAAAAACUACUAUAAAUCACUGUUUCGUGAGCUCAGAAAAGAAACCCACUUAACCAAGUAUUUGACAGGAUAAAUUAAUACUAUACUCUGUGUGUCUCUGCAAAACUGUUUGUAGAAUGAGAAGUGAAUGAAUGUGUUGUUGAUAACAGAUAUACCACUGUUAGUAUUUGGAUGUAGACUGUGUUCCAUUGACUUCAGAGGAGUUAAACAUUAUGGAAAUGAAUUAUAAUGCUUGUCAAAGAAGGGUCAAAUAAA